GCAGUACUUUCACUUAGUGCAGGAAUUAAUGUCAAAUCGGUACACAUUGCAGAUAUGGGCAUGGGAGCAUAUACAGAUAGGCCGUCCUGAAAGACUGGAGAAUAAGGAUCUAACAAUUGAUCAGCCCCUUGGAUGCAGAUGGGAUGUACCCUUCAAGAACCGUGAAAAUGUCCGGUCCAUGGACCACGAAUUUUACAGGCAUGGACUUGAUACUAUAGCAGGUUGUCAGGUAUGACUCCAACAACUACAGAAAAACUACAUGUGAUUCUCCGCGGGCACACUAUAAGGACCACACUGCUAUAGCUGUAUUUUUGCAUGUUCUCUAGAUCACAUGGGAGCCGUACAAACCAAGUCUGAUAGGUGGCCUGCCUGCGCUAUGCACACUUGGAUCUUCAGUCUGGCGAUCAAAAACUCCGUUGAUCUGCUUCCAAAUAGUGGAAAUGCAUGUGCCUGAUCGGGUGUUACUACAAUUUGGAAUGAUACAGCACAUUCCCAACCCAGUUGAGGCAGUUGAGCGUGUGACAAUGCAGGGUAAAACUGAUGAGGAUUGGUCUACUUACCAUGAGAAGUACAUUAAGCAAUGGGAUAAUAGGCUCCUUUCAGUUGCUGACCAGCAGAAUACCGUGAAUUCAGAUCCUACUCAUGCAAGGAACAGUUACUUAGAAUGGUACUGGCAAAUUACACGUCGGUGGAUCUCUACUCCAGUUGAAUGUCCAGUCAUAUCCUAUCAGUUGUCUAGGCACAGUGAGAAAGCACUGGUUGAUCUGGUAAGUACCGUGCAGGUACGAAUUAGAACGUUGUUAUCAGGUGAAAUGGACAGGGAGAAGGUCAAAAAAUCACUUGGUGAUAUUGAUAUGUAUAUUACUGCUCAAAUGAAAAAGGUCAACUGCAGUUUAUGCAAAUUGGUCUUCCCACUGAAAUAGGAAAUGAGAGUCUUAAAUCA